AUGACUCUGUCCUACACGUAAAAUGUUCCCCGUUUUGUCAUCCAUUAUCAUGUAUAAAUUAUUCCAUAUGCUGUAAAUACACCGCCCAUGGUACGUGUACUUAUGCUGGGAGCAACCAUGUGGAAAAUAAAACAAAAGCUCAUAAUACUAUGGACCAGCUGCCGCUGCCACAAUGGAUCCUAUACAUAUGCAAAUGAGGGCGCGUGUGCUGACGUCGUUGAAUUUCAACGCGGUAUUAUUGGUAUUAAUUUACGAUACUUAUGCUGGUCUGUGUUGGUCUAUCCUACGGCAGUUUCGUGUCUGUUAAAUUUACUACUGACUGCAUUCAAAUUUGUCUCUGUUUCACCGAAAUGUGAUGUUAUUUCUAUAAUUCUGUCACAGUCAUUAAACUGGCACGCGUGUGUGGUUUGCGGUCAGAACAGCAUGAACCAUAUGAGGCCAUUUUUUGGUGUGGUUUGGGUUGUUUCCUGCGACGAAGCCUUAAUGCAACAGCCGUCGGGUUCAUUUCUGGCACGCGCCGUAUUUUUUUCUUGUUGGAUGAUAAAGGCAAAAUUGCAUGUAAUUUUACAAUAGCAAUUUAUCGACCUGUAUCUCUUGCGGCGGGAGGAUUACGCACGACGUGUUCGAUAACGCUGCAUCAAUGUCUGCACGAUAUCGCCUCAUUUCAACACCGUUGUCGCCUUAAUUAUUAUUUUGGUGUGGCCGUCAUUUUUCCCUAAUCAUGGCGUUUUAUCAAGUUUUCCUCGCACUUUUUGCGUUGUUCUCGGCCAUAUGUCUGCCUGGUAUUGCCUUUAAGUACAACGAGUGUCCCGGCCCAAUCUCCGUCGACACAGCCCCAGACAGCCCGACCGUAGCCGUGACAUGGAAGCACCCGUACCUAACCGGGCUAGGUCGGGUCGGGUCGGUCUCGCAGACCGUCAGUCACGACCCAGGAGAGCAGUUCCCUAUUGGCCUGACGCGGGUCAACUACCUGGCCAUCAACUCCACGGACUACAGGGAUCUGCAAGUCUGUACUUUUGUCAUCACUGUACACGAUCGGAUCCCGCCCGUGUUCAGCACCUGUCCAAUCAACGUGACCAGCCGAUUGGGCCCCGACCAGACGGAGACAGAAGUCACAUGGGACAUCCCCCAGGCCGUAGAUAACUCCAAGUAUGUCCAGCUCCUGUCUGACCACGAGCCAGGCACUAACUUCACCGCUGGGACGGUCGUGGUAACUUACACGGCAAGGGACACCACGGGCAACGAGGCUAAGUGUCAGUUCCCUGUCAUUGUCAUCCCGUUUGUUGUCACCACGACGACGAUGGCGACCACGACAAUGGAAGCCACGACAGCAGGAAAGGAGCCCGAGAAAGUCACAAGCAAAAAGGCCGGAGAGAACGUCUCCUCAGGACCAGGGGUGGUAGAAGCCACGCCCAUCGACUGGAAGGUCUGGGUUAACCGAGGUCUCAUCAUUGUCUCAAUCCUCUGCCUCCUUGCCUUCGCAAUCAUUGCCUUCUUCGUGUUCCGCAAGUACCACGUCAUCAAACGCCUCAAGAAGACACGCAUACCGGACGAGGAGACAGAAAUCUACCCGUCAUCGGCGGGGGAGGAGUACGACAUGUGGGAGGACCCGCCGGGCAGUCCGGCCUUUCAGGUCAACCCGAGCGGAGCAUCGUUGAGCGGUAGAGGGGAGCAGAGACGGUUGAACAAGGCCGAGGAACGCCCGCUGCUCGUGGCCGGUGGAGAGCACUUUUAGAGUUGAGUUUUCUAGUCCUUAGUCAGUGUGAGCUAGAUCGAUACAAUGAUUGAGAUAUUAAGACAGUACGUAGGCCCUGUGCUCCACAAUUCUUUCCUUAAACCUUCCAAGAGAGAUAGAAAAGAGAGUUUGAGAGUUGAGUUUGAGAGUCUUAGAAGAUAGAAGUGUAAUUCUGGUCAGUAAAAAGAAAGAGAAAUGAAGACAGGAGGCUAUGUGACCCAGACAUCUUCUGAUGUGAGUUUAACCCUUCCAAAAAUAUAGUAACGACAGGUUUAGAGUUGAGUUUUAGAGUUUAAGAAAUGUGGAUUGAAACAGAGGUAGCGGAAGUGGAAAAGACAAUCGGCUAGAAAACCAGAAGUGUUUUAAGUUAGGCUUAACCCUUUUUACGAAAAUAUAGAAAGGGAAUUAUGUUUUAUAAAUUUAAAUACGAAGAGAGAGAGAGAUUACAGAAGAUUAUAAAGUAAAGAAGAUUCCUUGUGUUCAGAAUCCAAAACGCUCCUCGCAAAUUGGACAAAGUGAAAAUCUUGUACAUCCUAAAUGUUUUUAAAAAUAUAGCAGCUAUAAUUAUCAGUUCCAGUUGCCAAUAACAAAAUAACAGUACAAUAUUUGAUUUAAGAAGGGAUCAUAAAAACGAUGUUUUGUAUACAUUAUGAACAGAGUAAAUAAAAACAUUUGUGUACAGACGAAAAAGACCUAAAGACUAAAACAGCUUUGUAUGAAAAAAAGCCUUAAUUUUUGGGAAAAAACGUGAAUGGAUGAUUAAUGCGCUUCUUUGUAAUACAUUUAAAAUUUCUUCCAUAACAGCAAUAAGAUAUGAGGUCAUCAAAUGUAAUUAUUAACUUUUUUUCGGUGCAAUAAAAGCAAAUGUAUAAACAUUAGUUAAGUAAAGUAUUAGGAAGUUCCAGUAGAUUUUAAGAGACUUUAAAUUGCCACAAAUGUAAAAAGGGAAAGUACAGGUUGUAUUUAAAUAUAUUCAAACUUUUCAAUUUUGAACAGGUUUUUUGGUUGUUUUAUAUUAUCAAAUUGCUCGAUAUUAUCAAUUGCUCGAUGUAGAUCAGAUAUUCAGUAACAAUUAUUCGAAGUAAAUUUCGUUGAUGUCACAAUUUGUGUCGUUUUUUUUUCAAACAGAGACCGAGUUGUAUCAAUUCUUGUAAGAUAUUUUACAUCCAUUAUGAUAAAAUUUCCAAACAAUGCACCACAACAAAACAAGUAUACAAAAGACAUGUGGAAUGUGAAUAGAUAGCAAUUAAAGGUUAUUUCUAUAAAUUCGUAUGGGGAUUUUGUUUGAUGUUAGAAAUCAAUUUUUAUUCAUUUUCUGCUUUGAUCAGUUUUGUGGAAAUAUAUUUACUAAACGUUUUAA